AUGGAUCCCUCAUCACCCCCGGAAGAGGUCUCGCAGGUUCCAGUUCAAAAUCUUUCUGGUGGUGAGUUGCAGCGUGUGGCCUUGACCUUGUGUCUUGGAAAGCCUGCUGAUAUUUAUCUUAUUGAUGAACCUUCUGCAUACUUGGAUUCAGAGCAGCGUCUGCACGCAGCUAAAGUGAUCAAGAGGUUCAUUCUUCAUGCAAAGAAGACAGCUUUUGUUGUUGAGCACGAUUUUAUCAUGGCAACAUAUCUGGCUGAUCGUGUAGUUAUGUUUGAGGGGCAACCAUCAAUCACAACUAAAGCCAAAUCAAUUGUAAAUAUUUUGCUAGAAGCAUGGGACUCUUAA